GGAAAUGACCGUGCGGGUAAUGUUGGGAGAGGGGCACUGCUGAACCGUUUGAAAGGAAAAGUCGAUUGAAGCUGGAGCAGUGAGUGACGUUAUCUUUUGGAAAGAGGGAGGGAGAAAGAGAGACUGCUGGACUCCAUUAGCUGAAGCCAGGAGGCACCUUAGGUUACUUCAAUUGGACGAGUUCUUUGGGAUUUUCUCUUUGAAUAUACCCAGAUAGCCUACAUGAUUUAGAAAAUAACAGGUUGACUAUCGAAACCUCGGGAGUUUAAGUGGCUUUUUGGAUUUGGGUUGGUGUAUUUGAGAAGGAUGGCGCUGGACGGUAUACGGAUGCCCGAUGGCUGCUAUGCUGACGGGACGUGGGAACUGAAAAUGCACGUGACAGACCUCCAUAGGGACGUGUCUUUGAGGGUCACCGGCGAGAUCCACAUCGGUGGGGUCAUGCUCAAACUCGUGGAGAAACUCGAUGUGAAGAAGGACUGGUCGGACCACGCCCUGUGGUGGGAGAAGAAGAAGACAUGGCUGCUGAAGACCCACUGGACCCUGGACAAGUAUGGUAUCCAGGCAGACGCCCGGCUCCUCUUCACCCCCCAGCACAAGCUGCUGCGCCUUCAGCUGCCCAACAUGAAGCACAUGAAGGUCAAGGUCAACUUCUCUGACCGCGUCUUCAAGGCGGUCUCUGACAUCUGCAAGACUUUCAACAUCCGUCAUCCAGAGGAGGCGUCUCUACUGCGUAAGCCCCGUGACCCCAAGAAGAAGAAGAAAAAGCUGGAGGAGGCUGAGGAGGAGGCUCUGGAGCUGGAGGGGCCACUGCUCACCCCUGGAUCAGGUACCUCUGAGAUAAUUUACAUCGGGCCGGUCAAAGGGAGCAUCUACUCCAGUCCAGGUCUGUACAGUAAGACCAUGACCCCCACCUAUGACUCCAGAGACGGCAGCCCCCUGUCCCCCACCACCGCCUGGUUCGGAGACAGCCCCCUGUCCGAGGGCAAUCCCAGCAUCCUUGCUGUCAGCCAGCCAAUCUCCUCGCCCGAUAUCCUGGCCAAACUCUACAAGCCCCAGUCCCUCCUGGACAAGGCAAAGAUCAACCAGGGGUGGCUGGACUCAUCCAGGUCUCUGAUGGAGCAGGAUGUCAAGGAGAAUGAGGUGCUCCUCCUGCGGUUUAAGUACCACAGCUUCUUCGACCUCAACCCCAAGUACGAUGCCAUCAGGGUGAACCAGCUAUAUGAGCAGGCCAAGUGGGCCAUCCUGCUGGAGGAAAUAGAGUGCACUGAGGAGGAGAUGAUGAUGUUCGCCGCCCUGCAGUACCACAUCAACAAGCUGUCCAUCAUGUCGUCAGGAAACCACAUGAACAACAGUGAGAAGGAGGUGGACGAGGUGGAUGCUGCCCUGUCAGACCUGGAGAUCACCCUGGAGGGAGGCAAGACCUCCAACACCCUGGGUGAUAUCACGUCCAUUCCUGAACUGGCCGACUACGUCAAAGUCUUCAAGCCAAAAAAACUGACACUGAAAGGCUACAAGCAGUACUGGUGCACGUUCAAGGACAUCACAAUUUCCUGCUACAAGAGCAAAGAGGAGGCUCAUGGGACGCCCUCCCUCCAAAUGAAUCUAAGAGGUUGUGAGGUGACACCAGAUGUGAACAUCUCCAGUCAGAAAUUCAACAUCAAGUUGCUAAUCCCGGUGGCUGAUGGCAUGAAUGAGAUCUGGCUGCGGUGUGACGCUGAGAAGCCGUAUGCCCACUGGAUGGCAGCGUGCCGCCUGGCCUCUAAGGGGAAGACAAUGGCAGACAGCUCCUAUAACCUGGAGGUCCAGAACAUUCUGUCCUUCCUCAAGAUGCAGCACAUGAACCCUGACCCCCAGUUCAUCGCCGAGCCAGCCGUCACCAACGACAUCAACUCUGAGUGCCUGGUGUCGCCGCGCUACCUGAAGAAGUACAAGAACAAGCAGCCAGGCUAUAUCAGGGACCUGAUUUCGGCCCGGAUCCUAGAGGCCCACCAGAACGUGGCCCAGAUGAGUCUGAUCGAGGCCAAGAUGCGCUUCAUCCAAGCGUGGCAGUCCCUGCCUGAGUUUGGCAUCACUCACUUCCUGGCCAAAUUCCAGGGUGGGAAGAGGGACGAGCUGAUCGGCAUCACCUACAACCGUCUCAUCCGAAUGGACGCCAACACCGGAGACGCCAUCAAGACCUGGAGGUUCGCCAACAUGAAGCAGUGGAAUGUCAACUGGGAGAUCAAGAUGGUGACGGUGGAGUUUGCAGACGAGCCUAGCCUGGCCUUCAUCUGUGCGGAGGUGGACUGUAAGGUGGUACAUGAGUUCAUCGGAGGCUACAUCUUCCUGUCCACGCGCGCCAAAGACCAGAACGAGUCUCUGGACGAGGAGAUGUUCUACAAGCUGACCAGCGGCUGGGUCUGAGUCUGACUACCUGACCCCCUGGGCCAGAGGCCAGAGGUUGGGGUCAAGAGGGGAGGGAGGGUGGUGGCUAGAUCAUAUAGGUUUAUUUUAUUUCUUAUAUAUUUUUGGUGGUUUUAUUUUGGAACCGUGCUUUAGAGCCCCAUGCGGCCGCCCACUAUCGCCAUUGUUGUUAAGAAGCUGAUACCCUUUAUUUGUUGUUGCAUUAAUGCUAACAAAGGUUUUUGUAAACACUAAUAUUCUGCGCAACGCUGCAGCCCAGACUAACUCCAAACCCUGCCUGUGGCCCCCCCAUCGCCCACAUUAUUUGACAGAAAGUUUUUAUUUUUUCAUGACCGCUCUCCACUCCCCCAUCCCACCAAUGCACUGGGGACAUCAGCCUUUUCCUCAAGCAGCUAUCACAAAGCUACGUCCAUGAGAACCUAUCACAUGUCAUCAGGAGACAUCAACUCCAUUCCAAAGACUAUUUCUUAAUUCCCCCCCCCCCCCUUCUACUCUGACUCCCCUGAAGGAACUGAUCAAAUUGACCCGUCAGCCUCUCAGCUACGGCGUCAUCAUAUUCCGACCAGACAACAAAACCAUGUAUCAGUGCUUAUGAAGAAUCACAUUAUUUAUUUAUCCCUGUUUUGUUUUCUGGUUUUAAAGUUGUCAUUUUGGUGAGGUGUGGUGGUGUUCGGAGUCUUUGAAGUGGCCUGUUGUUGUUUGUGUACUGCCUGACAUCCUGUGAUAUGAUACUCUGUCUAAUUUAUGCUGCAGAGUGACACCUCACUCUCACGUGUUGUACAUCCACAUAUUUACUCCAUUUGGUGUAACUACAGGCAGUAGCAAUCAUCAAAGUAAGAGUAUCGGCAAAACAGCGACACACUUUUACUUUCUCAGCAGAGACCUGAAGUGAUAUGAGGUCAUUUUCUUCCGUCAUUAAGGAAAUGCUGAGGAACCCAGAGGUCAUGGAGAGACUUGGGCACCGUGUCCUCUCCAUCGAUGAAGGAUUUUCACUUUGAUCUAACUAGUCCAUAUGAAGUCACACUUCGGCAGUAAGCACUUCUCCAGUAUAUGUGUGAUCCCUGGUCACACUUUAUUUGGAUAGUCCGGAUUUUCCAUCUGUAGAUGCUCUACAGCUGGUCACGCUAUCAACAAGCUAUAUUGAUAAGCAACUGCUUGCUAAGGUUACAGUUAGGGUAAUGGUUACGUUUAGGAUAAGGAUUAAGGUUAGGGUUAGUAGAUAGUUAGUUGAAAUGUUACUGAUAGUCUGUAGAGCAUCUAUAGAUGGACUUCAAGUAAAGUGUAACCUGAUCCCUUAAUGAAUAAGCUGUAGUAGUUCAAUUCAUUGUUGUUUUUUUUCAUUGUGUUUUUGUGUCUGAACAUACCUCCAGUGACUGUCUCCUAUCCUCUGUGUUCAGUAGCUCUAUAGUAAUCUGUGUGAAACACUACAUACAACAGCUAAUAAGUGCGCUUGGAGAGUUUAAACAGCCUUGGUACACACCUACAGUAGCGCUUCUCUGUCUGCAUUAGUUAACAUGUCAGCACAACAGGAGCUCAAGCAGGGUGAAUGUCCUGUAGUUUCUUAUCUGUAAACUGCUGAAUAACCAUGCCUUGUUCUCAUAGCUACACUCAAGGUUGAAGGUGUCAGUGAUCAUCUAGAAGGGGUCACUCAAGGAUACUCUGUUUGAGAAGGAAUUUUAAUGGGUUUCAUGGGCAAGUUCUGAGGCAAUUACUGAAAAUGCAAAUAAGAAUGUUAUUGUCAUGGAAUAUGUGGUGCCAUGAAAGAUUGUUGCCCAAAUGAUUUGGCUCAGAUACAUGCUGCCAGCCACAUAGGGUUGUCCGGUGUCCACAGCAUGUCGGAAAGACCUCGGCUCUGCCUUGAGACUCAGACCCUUGCAAUUGCAUUGUGCAUGUGUAGUACAGCUGGAGGGAUACUACCAAUAAUAACAGCGUUCCCAAGUGCUGCCGCCUCUUUUACGUUGCCAUUCUUUAUCGUACACCGUAUAGUGUUAUUGUUCAGUACCCUUUUCACUAUUACGCUCCAGCAAUAGGUCACCAAGUUUGAAGAAUGAAUUAUGCAAAGUCUUUUUUCUUUGUCCUCAGUAUGAAUGAACAUUAAAUGAAGUAUUAGUUUUUUGUAACUAAUGUAAAAACACAGGUUUUAUAGAAUUGUACAGUUCUUUUGUUGCUGCUUUUUUUCUUGUUGUGUAUUUUUCUUUCCAGAAAAGGGGGGGAAAGCCAUUUGUCAACGUUGUGUAGUAUGAAAAUAUGUGCCUGCCAAUGUUAUUAGUCUUAUAGAGUUUUUAACAUGAAUGAAAUAUAUAUAUAUAUAUAUAUAUAUAUAUAUAUAUAUAUAUAUAUAUAUAUAUAUAUAUAUAUAUAUAUAUAUGAAGAAAACGCUAGUCUCAAACUCCAGGUUGGUUGGGAUUUAACAAUGAUUUUUCUCACACUACAUAUUAUUAUUAUUACUCAGAAAUAUUGAUAAAAGUGCUUUUCAAUGUACUUUUUUCUUGUUGCCUCUCCUAUAAGCUGAAUUACAUGGAUAUUUUAUUGCAUUUAUUUGGCACUGAUCUUUCUCUCUAGCUCUGUAAACUACCACCAAUGACACAUCCCUAGGCUGCCAAACCCUUACUCUGCUGUUCAGUGCCUUUUCAAAAAUAUAUCACUUCAUUUUCAGAUUUGAUCACUAUUGUAGCUUUUAACUGAAUAAUGUUUUUGGUAUGAAGGAGACCCUUUUAGUUGAAGUAGACCUUGGAGUUUGAGACAAACGGCCGUAUAUGAACUGAAGUAAAAUAAGCAAACUUAGCCUAGUUCUUUCCUAUAACAGUUGUUUUUUGUUUUCCUCCAAUGUCCAGAGCAGCAGUGCAUGGCCGGCUGUUUUCAGACUGUAAAAAAUGCAUUUAUUUAAAAAAAAUAAAAGUAAUUUUUAUUUAA